ACUAGGAUCAAGUGACCUCACUCUAGAACACCGUACUCUCGAUGAAGUACGAGGGCCGAUACGUAUGGUCGCUCAUAAAUUCUGUGUUCAAUCGGGAAUAUGUUUGGCGUUUGACGACACGCGACACCCCUGAUGGUGUUCUCGACGAUCCUUACAAUCUUGACGGAUCAGACCUGAGGCCAUCACGGCAGAUUACUGAAACCGCGGCAUUGACCAUGCACGCAAUUCUGCACAAUCGAUCUCCCCAUUUCGAUACCUCUGGACGAGGACAAGUUCCAAGCAAUGUUGUUAUCUUUUCUGGCUCGAACUUUCCCUUGUUUCAUCUUCCGUGUUAUCGUAACGUAGUGAUCUGUGACAACCUUUCUGCUUAGAAAUUUUCAAUUUCUUUCGGAUGGCGUACUUCCGACGAUGCAUAUUCGGCGAGAGCACUCCCUAAGGACUCGGGACUUGGGGUAUACGAUCUUUUUGGAGCAGUGGGUCUGACAUCAUUGGCAACUCGCGUUAAGCGCGAUGCCUGGGUGCGAUGUAAAUUCUUCUGCUUCCAUGCAUGUGAAGACUUUACUCAUGUUCUAAACGACUGCACAUGCCAUUGAUAUGUUCCCAAGAGAGGGUAGAAAUCACUCGGAGUACAACGAAGCGGAGAUAUUUAUCCUCAUAAAUUUGCAUAGUCUCG